AUGGCUGACCCCCCACCCGAGCCAACUCUCCUACGUCCCUUCGGGGAUGAUGGAAAGGACGAUAAGAAUUGGUUUCGUGUGGCAUUCCGUUUCAAAAGAGAUGAAGUCUUGGGAUGGAUGAAAAAGGUUGCAUCGAAGAACAAUGCCAACUGCCCCCCUAACGACUUAAGAACCGACGAUCAUUUCAAAUUAUUGUUGGAGGUCUACACAGAGCUCGAGUCUCUCGCGGCUACACAAGGUGCAAACUAUCUUGUUCCCAAGGACGAGUGCCACAUUUAUCGUGAUAAAAAUCCAAAUUUUGGGCCUAAAAAGACCCAAAGUAAAACCGUGUCGCCUUUUGUGAUCAAGACUUGGUCCCACCAGUACAUAGGUGCUCCGGAUCCAAAUGUUAAAGACCCUCCGGGUCCAGAUGCCAAAGUGGUUACCAUAGGGUACUGGUGUAUCUAUGACCUGAUCGGUCUGUUCCUUGGUUUGUUAGGCAAUGCGCCUCUAGCAGCCGACAGAAACAACUUCUUCCUCCCUCUAACGGCUGUCUACGCGAGAUGGUGCACCAGACUUGCUGGAAAACUGGAUAAUACUGAAAGUCAUCAGGGCGAAACACCCGGAAUCGGAGCACCGCCCGCUAUGUUUCAGUGCACUUGGCGUGAGCGGCAAGAUGGGAAAGCCAAGUGGUUUCUCCUCGGCGCAUCGAUGGCCGGAGGCAGAUUCCACAAGACACCGAGUGAACAAGAUUGGAAAAAAACACUGCAAAUGCAGCGGUUCGACAUGCUGGUUACGCAUCUAAAACCGCCGUUGGUUGGGCGAGAUGACUUCGGCAAAACCGAGCCUGAUGUAAAAUCUAACGGGACGGGUAACCGUUGGGGCAAUUGUGCCGAGACCUAUCCUUUUGUCCACUGCUUGGCUGUUGGAGACGAGAGCAACGAGACUGUCCAAGGCCUGGCCCUCUCAAAGAAGUUUGUUGAUCAAAAAACCCCUGUCACGGAUUACAGCGGCUACAGCGACGGUAAAAUUUGGGACAGCGUCGUCCCUCCUUGUGCAAACUGCGCGAAAUUGGUUGAAUUGUCCAAUGCGCCGGCGGCCUUCUUUGCAAAAGAAUAUGAGAAAGAUAAGGCCACUGCUAAGACUGUUCCAUCAGGUCCUCCACAGGAGCCAGAGAUUCAGACCGAAGAAGUUUUUGUGAUACGGGACGUGAAAGAACUACCGGUCCGAGAAAUGGUGGAGGUGGCGUCGAAUUAG